AUGCUGUGGGUGCUGUUGCUGACCCUCCCCUACAUGGGGGGCUCUGUGCCUGUGACCCCAGCUCCCAGCCCAGAAAUUGAGCUUGUGGGCAUCGUGGGAGGACAUGAUGCCCCCGCCAGGAAGUGGCCAUGGCAGGUCAGCCUGUGGAUCCACAACCCAGAAAAUGAGUGGAUGCUUGAAUGUGGGGGCUCCCUCAUCCACCGCCAGUGGGUGCUGACCGCCGCCCACUGUGUUAAAAAGUGAGUGAUUCUCCUUCCCCUGGUGACUGAGGUCAUCGUCCACCCCAACUACAAUCCUAUGCUGAAAGGAGAAGGUGGAGGAGACGUGGCACUUCUCAAACUGGCAGCUCCCGUGAUGCUGUCUGAUCGAGUCAACGUGGUCGCCCUCUCUCAUCCGGAACUCAGGGUCCCUGCAGGCAUGAUGUGCUGGGUGACCGGCUGGGGUGACAUCAGAUUUGAUGUGCCCCUGCCCACGCCCUACCAUCUGCAGGAGGUGGAGGUACCCAUAGUGGAGGAUGCCGUGUGUAGGCGGCAAUAUGGCAAGGUCAAUAAGGUCAUCAAGGAAGACAUGCUGUGUGCUGGGAGCCCAGGCCGGGACUCUUGCCAGGGAGACUCUGGGGGCCCCCUGGUCUGUAACUUGAGGGGCACCUGGCUCCAGGUAGGGGUGGUGAGUUGGGGCCAACGCUGUGGUCUUCAAGGAUUCCCUGGAGUCUAUGCCCGAGUGACCUUCUACUCCAAAUGGAUCCACCACCAUAUCUCUUCAUCUCCUUGA